UGAAUGCACUGGAGGUUAAACAAAAUGGGGAUCAUGACGUCAGUCGUUUAACCAGGAUGGACUUAUCAGAUGUGUUCACUCCUGUACUGGCCACGAUGCCGGCCUCUGUACCACCAAACUCUUCUUUGGAGAACGUCAGUCAGACGUCCUCCUCCUCCUCCUCGAGAGCUCCUUCUCUACCUCCUCACUCGCAGGUGGCGUCAGUGUUCAUCGUGCUGGUGGUCACAGUCAUCAUCCUGGGGACUGUGGUGGGUAACGUGCUGGUCGUGGUGGCGGUGUUCACCAGCCGAGCCCUGAGGGCGCCUCAAAACCUCUUCCUGGUGUCGUUGGCGUCAGCAGACAUACUGGUGGCGACGCUGGUCAUCCCCUUCUCCUUGGCUAAUGAGGUCAUGGGUUACUGGUACUUUGGUUCCACCUGGUGCUCCUUCUACCUGGCCCUGGACGUCCUCUUUUGCACUUCCUCCAUCGUCCACCUGUGCGCCAUCAGCCUCGACCGAUACUGGUCCGUCACCAAAGCUGUCAGCUACAACCGCAAACGGACGCCCAAGCGGAUUAAAGCAAUGAUCAGCAUCGUGUGGCUCAUAUCUAUCGUCAUCUCGUCCCCGCCGCUGCUCAUGACACAGAAGGAGGAGGAUUUGGAGACGGAGGACGAGAAUGACACACGAAGGCAGGAGUGUCUUCUCAACAACCAGACGUGGUACAUCCUCUCCUCCUGCCUGGUGUCCUUCUUCGCCCCGGGAGUCAUCAUGAUACUCGUCUAUUGUAAGAUCUACCGUGUUGCCAAGCAGCGAGCCUCCACUGUCUUUGUGGCGAAGAAUGUGAUGGAGCGGCAGCCGUCACAGUCUGAGACCUGCUUUGUGGGCACCUCCAGGACUUGCCAAAGAAAGGGAGCCGGCUGCGGUAAAUCCCAGUAUGAGCUGGACAGCCCGCUGCCUGCCAACCGGCACAGCUCCUCCAACAUGGACAGCAACAGCAGCAGCCACAGGAGAGGAGAGCUGGACGAUAUCGACUUAGAGGAGAGGAGCUGCGAAGCUGACAUAAGAACAUCCUCCUCGUUUUCCUCGUCUCUCCGCUUCCCCAGGAGAACCGGAGGGAGGGUGAGAACAGAGGAGGGGAGGGACACUGAGGGAACAACAAACAGGUUGAAGCCUCCUCCCCCUCCUUCCUGCACCUCCAUAUCAUGGGCAUCAUCUGACCACUUCUCCCACCAUUGCCUCCUCCCGUCUCCUGUGCCCCUCCGCAGCAGGCAGAUGUCUCUGUCCAAAAACAAAGUGGCUCAAAUGAGGGAGAAGCGCUUCACGUUUGUUCUGGCCGUAGUGAUGGGGGUUUUUGUCCUCUGCUGGUUCCCGUUUUUCUUCACGUACAGCCUCCACGCUGUCUGCAGAGAGAACUGCACGAUCCCCGAUUCGCUCUUCAACCUGUUUUUCUGGAUCGGAUACUGCAACAGCUGCCUGAACCCCAUCAUAUACACUAUCUUUAACCGAGACUUCAGGAGGGCCUUCAAGAAAAUUUUAUUCCAGACUCAUAAACAAACAUAA